AUGUUGCAAGCGAAACUGAGUCCAGGGAAGAGGAGGACAGCAAUGACGCGACUAGGGAUACGCGCACUGAAAUGGCCAUUUAAGAGCAAGGAUAUCGAGAGAAUGAUUGAUGGUCUUGCACGAUGUACGCAGACGAUAUCGCUGGCCUUGAAUGUUGACGAGAUGACGGUUAUACUUGAUAUUGAUCAAAAGACGGUACUUAGAGGACUUCCUAUCGCCCAAGGAGCUGCCUUUGAUUCGCAUGACGAGGAACACAACCCGACAUGCCUUCAAGAAACCCGAGUGGAGCUGUUGCGGGAGAUCAACGAAUGGAUUCAGAAUCCGAACACAGAAGCGAUAUUCUGGCUGAACGGUAUGGCAGGAACGGGCAAAUCGACUAUCUCACGUACCUUAGCGCAUGUUGCAUCUUCCCCGCGACUUAAGAUCUUCCUUACCAGCAGGCCCGAGCUUCCUAUUCGUCUUGGUUUUACUGCUAUCAAAGGCGCAUACCAAGGUCUCAUCCUUCACGAGGUGGCGGGACCCGUCAUUGAACACGACAUAUGGGUUUUCCUUGAGCAUGAGCUCGCACAGGUCAGGGACGAUUACAAUAAUUCGGUGCUAGAAGGCCGACAUCUACCUACUACGUGGCCGAGCGAAGUAAAUAUUCAGAUAUUAGUCGAGAUGUCGGUACCGCUGUUCAUCUUUGCUGCUACUGUCUGUCGCUUUAUCGCCGAUCGAAGGCUAGGGGACCCUGGAGACCAGCUACAAGACAUCAUAAGCUACCGAGAGACGGCCCAGGACUCUCAGCUGAACGCAACGUAUUUGCCUGUGUUGAAUAAGCUUCUUGUCGAUCUCUCAGGCAAAAAAACGAAUGAGGUCAUGGAACGCUUUCGGGAGGUUGUUGGCUCUAUUAUUAGUCUCGCGAAUCCUCUCUCGGCGAUUAAGGCGUUACAAGCUAUUGUCCAGCCCGAUGCUAAUAAGGCUCUGAGCUUCCUGGACAAUGCUCACCGCUUUGUCUUAGCUAUAGCCCCUGUUAUUCAACAGGCGCCUCUCCAGGUAUAUUGGUCAGCGCUCAUCUUUGCGCCCAAGCGGAGUAUCGUUCGAACUGUUUUCAAAAAGGAAAUACCUAGCUGCAUAUAUCUUAUGCCAAAAGUAGAAGAGGGUUGGAGCCAAUGCUUACUGGCGCUCGAGGGCCAUAGCAACUGGGUCAGCUCGGUGGCCUUCUCGCCCGACUCGAAGCUCGUGGCCUCGGCCUCAGACAACACGGUCCGGAUCUGGCCGGCCGAGACGGGCGACUGCACACGGACGCUCAAGGGCCAUAGCGACUGGGUCAGCUCGGUGGCCUUCUCGCCCGACUCGAAGCUCGUGGCCUCGGCCUCAUACGACAGCACCGUCCGGAUCUGGUCGACUAACACGGAGGGCUCUUCCUCUGCACCGAUAGUGUUGCUAUUUCUCUACAAGGUACGCUAG